CACGACCAUUGCAUGAUAUUCGGAAAUCUCACUCAAAUCAGUCGUAAUAAAUACUAAAUCCGUCUCUCUGGCGCUAUCACUUGUUCAGUCGCUAUCGUUGGCAAACCACAAAGAAUAAAUGCCAAUUGCAAACGUCGCGCGGGCAGCAUACAACAAAGAGCGAGUGACAAGAUCCAGCCGCGUAACUUGAACCGGUAGUCGCGCGAAGGACGCCUGGCAGGCAAACACUUCUGGCCACGAAAGACCUACGUAUAUCUAGGCUGACACCCACCUAUGGUCCCUCUCGAAGCAGAGAGUUAGCAAUACGCGCAAUCAGUUGAGAAAGGUCACUAGCGAACGAUGAUGAGCGCGCACGAACUGGCAGUCGCGGCGCUCGGUGAAGCGGUGGUCGUUGAUUCGCGUCCCCGGGAUGGUGCCUCAUCGCCUGCAGCGCAUGACAUCGCGGGUGGCGUAACGCACGCAACCGCCAUUAAACCCAACAGUACGAAUAGCGCUCUGGCGAGCUCACAGAUGUCUAAUAAUGCGCUCGAGAGUGUGUCGAGUUACAAUUCGCAGUCUACGGUCCCGGACGCCGACACACCGCCCAGUUCAGGAUUUUCGAGUCAGUCACACGACCAAGCCCAUGGACCGACGCGUGUUGCUGAGAUGCCACCGUUGGCGGUUGCGACGAAUGCUGGGCAGAAGAGGACUAUUGAUGGCUACGUGAGACGGUCGUCGGGGUCAAGCUCGUCGGACAGUCCGGUGGUUAACGGCAAAGGCAGACAUACGAGAAAUGUUAGCGCCGUGAGCGCCGCCUCGUCUGCUAUGAGCCCGAGAGAACUCACAUCUGAGUUACGAACGCGCCUCUCCUACGCAAUGGUCAAGGUGAACAAGGGCUGGGAAUCUCUGCCUAUCUACGAAGUCGAGUCGCUCGCAUCACAAAGCGGCUCACCAACACCAUCAAACUCCACGAUCCAUGGCCGGCGAAAUACUAUUGCAUCACCACGCGCUACCAUUGCAAGCCUCCAGGGCCUCUCCGGCGCAUCACCCAAGCCACAUCCUAACGCUGCCGCACCAACAGACUCCCAGGAAUCCACAUCCGAGGGCCAACCAUCGUCACGGACCUACGAAUCCUUCUGGCGUGAACAAAGCCAGCGACAAAUCGGACUAUCCGCCUCUCUCUCCUCCCCGUCAUCAUCUCAACUAUCUCUCCAACCCUCCGCUGAACUAUCCUCAGCCUCCCGCACCCAACCCAACUACCGCCGCUCUCCGGUGAAAUCCUCAAAAUACCAUAUGCUCAGCGCCGCGAGCUCUGACCUUAGCCAAAGCAGCCUAUCGUCCGGCGGCGCAGCACCGAAUACGCCUGCACAGGACACGAAGCCCCCGCAUAGAGGGGACAGCGUUCUGCAGACGCCGACGCAGAAGUCGCUGCAGGAACAGGAUGCGAUUGAGACGCUCCUGUUCAUGAGCAGCCCGGGGAAUCCUAUGCUGAAUAACUUCCCCGGGGCGCAGAGUCAGGGGUCGCGGAUGCAGAGUCCUUUGAAAACCGAGUUUGGGGCACAAGGGACGAGCGAUGGGAAGUCAGAUGAUAGCAGUGUGACGCCGAGAGCAUAUGAGACUGGGACGGCACGGUAUAGAGGAAGGAGGAGAAUUGGAGUUCUGGGUAGGGGGAGGCUCGGCGAGGAUGAGCUGGAUCGCAUGCUGGAUACAAUGGAGAACGCGGAUAGUAGCGAUGACGAGAUCGAGCUCCCCACCACGCCAAUGCGAUCGACGAUAGGGCGGGUCUAGAGGCUGAGAUCUAGAACACCGCAUGAAUUUAUUGGCGAGGAGAGACCGAUAGGCUGGGCUACCCUAGUGGCUUGAUCAGGUCCAUAUUAUGGCGCAUUACGAGGUUACGAUACUAUGGAGCGAUUCGCAUUUUUUAAACAAUUUUACAGACCUAUAGCUAGACUCGCACGUACACGAGAUGAGGGCUAGCAUAGGCGAGGGGAAGGCACGAGAUACCAAGAUGCAGUUUCCGUUUGCCCGCGAGCACAGCGAAGCUACGUGGGUCUGUUCUUGGCCCCUUUUAGGCUCGGAGAAUCUUUUUGGGAGCGGUGUCGCGGGUUUGAAUUUGCUUCAUGUUUGGCAUGGGACGGGUGUGGACUUGCUUUUGGGCAGGACAACGGAUGAACGGCGGUGUAGAUAUUUAGGGCUGGGGAUAAACUUUUGGUUGGUGUAUAAAUGAGCGAAACAAAUACAAUAAACUCUUAUUGCAUCGUGGAUCUGUCGCA